AUGGAGGGUGCUGUGGUUUUUCAAGUGUCCUUCAUGUUCCCAAACAAAGACAAGUAUGAAGGGGAGUGCAAAAAGACACCCAAGGGUAUGCCAAGGAACGGGCAUGGAGUUCAUACCAGCGCCAACGGAAUGACGUACAUAGGUACCUGGAAAAACAACAAGAUGAAUGGUACCGGAAGGCUAGAACAUCCUUCUGCGGCAGUUUAUGAAGGCGAGUUCAAAGACAACAUGUUUCAUGGGGCAGGAAGCUACACUUUUCCAAGUGGAGCAAAGUACAUUGGACCAUUCAAUGAAAACAAGAUGGAAGGCGAAGGAGACUUUAUAGAUGAAAACGGAGUGGUGUGGACUGGCAUUUUCAGUGGCUCAGCAGCAGUGGGACUGAAGCAGAAGCUGAGAAUGUAGCUAUUUGGUCCUGACAGCAGCACGAGUCAAGGGCAGCCCUGGGAUCACAUUCUGGGUUCAACAGCUGUGAUGAGUUUU